AUGAGGUGUCUUCUGGUCUUCCUUGCCAUCAUAGCCCUCUCUGACUGCAUGAUAAGAUUGCCACUCAUGAAAGGGAAUACGUUAAGACAUAAGCUGAAAAAGCAUGGUUUGCUGGCAGACUUUCUGGAGGAGAACAAGUAUUCCCUCAGCUCCAAGUACCGACGCUACGGUGAAGCUGCCAAGGUUGCGAGUGAACCCUUGACGAAUUUCCUGGAUUCUCAAUACUUUGGAAAGAUUUACAUUGGAACUCCACCCCAAGAGUUCACUGUGGUGUUCGACACCGGUUCCUCUAAUCUCUGGGUCCCCUCAGUCUACUGCAACAGUACUGCCUGCGAAAACCACCAUAGAUUCUCCCCCUCUGAGUCCUCCACCUUCAACAGCACCGAAGAACCUCUGUCCAUCCAGUAUGGUACUGGCAGCAUGGAGGGAGUCCUGGGCUAUGACACUGUCAUUGUCUCCAGUAUUGUGGACCCUGACCAGAUCUUUGGCCUGAGCACCCAGGAGCCUGGAAACAUCUUUACCUAUUCUGAAUUUGAUGGGAUCCUAGGACUGGGCUACCCUUCCCUGGCUGUGGAUCAGGCCACCCCUGUCUUUGACAACAUGAUGAAUAAGCACUUGGUUGCCCAGAACCUCUUCUCUGUUUAUAUGAACAGACACGGCCCAGGCAGCAUGCUCACCCUUGGGGCCAUCGAUUCAUCCUACUACACUGGCUCUCUCCACUGGGUGCCCAUCACCGUGCAGGGCUACUGGCAGUUCUCUGUGGACAGAAUCACUGUCAAUGGCCAGGUGGUGGCUUGUGAUGGUGGUUGCCAGGCCAUCUUGGACACCGGUACCUCUCUUUUGGUCGGUCCAAGCUAUGACAUCAGCAACAUCCAGAGUGUCAUUGGAGCUACCCAGGGCCAAUAUGGAGAGUUUGACAUCGAUUGCAGCAGCCUGAGCUCCAUGCCUACAGUUGUGAUUCACAUCAAUGGCAGACAGUACCCUCUCCCUCCCUCAGCCUACACUAUCCAGAUGGAAAGUGUGUGUACCAGUGGCUUCCAGGGUGAUGGUAGUUCCCAGCUAUGGAUCUUGGGAGACGUCUUCAUUCGAGAAUACUACAGCGUCUUUGACAGGGCUAACAACCGUGUGGGGCUGGCCAAAGCAGUCUAA